AUGAUAAAUGUUCGUCAAAGUGUCGAGCAAAUUAAAAUUGAAAAAUGUUGUCCUUUCUGCUGUGAAUGUUGGUGUUGGUGUCGAACAGAAAGACGAAUUCCGCCACCACCACCGGAACGUGAAACUCGAACACAGGAAGCGAAACAAGCGACGAGAGUCCUUCUCAUUACUAUUGAAUAUUCGAAAUAUAGCCAUCCGAAUACAUUGUCAAAUGUUCAAGCGUUUUCACAGCAGCAACGGGAUAUUUUUGCCAAAGAAAGAUUUAAAUCAGAUACACUUAAGUUUUAUUUGGUUAACAGCGCUGAAUUUGAUAAUUCGAAUUUUAAUCAAAGGCGAACAGAAGCUGAGUCAUUGUGCCGUACGGUAAUGCAAUUAAAAGCAAUGAAAGAGUUCAAAUAUCCGAAUGAUGAAGAACUUAAUACAAUUUUGAAUCAAGCACGCCUUGGAUUAUUUGGGCAAGAACAGCUAGCGAUCAUGUAG